AGCGCAUACUGUAUCAACUAAAGCACGACAAACGACAAACGAACGAAACCAAAGAGCAGUAUAAAUGCUAACCUUCCCACCAACGCAUUAUCUUCGAAGCAUUGUAAAACUUUGAUGGCUAGUUCUCAAGAACUUCCCAAAAUUCCAGUCUUUGAUCUCUCGACAAGAAACUUGAGUCCUAGUUCAAGUUCAUGGCUUCCGACUUGCAAGAACUUGCGAGAAGCUCUUGAAGAGUUCGGAUUUUUCUUGGCAAGAUACGACAACGUUUCACCUGAACUAGACAAGCAAGUGUUCCAUGUAUUGGAACACUUGUUUAAUCUGCCAUUUGAAACCAAAUCUAGUAACACUUCUGAAUUUGUUUUCUACGGUUAUGUGGGACAACUGCCCCAUGCUCCUGUCCACGAAAGCAUGGGAAUCCCAGAAGCAACUACUCUAGAUGCUGUCCAAAGCUUCACAAAUCUAAUGUGGCCAUCAGGAAACAUGGAAUUCUGUGAAAACAUAUUAUGCUAUGCAAGGCUAGUUUCAGAGAUGGAGCAACUAGUAGACAGAAUGGUGUUUCAAAGUUAUGGAGCAGAAAAACACUACGAUUCCCAUGUUGGAUCGACAACGUACCUGCUCAGAAUCAUAAAAUACUCAGUUCCAGACCUUAAUGCAGGAAGUAGCAACAAUAUGGGAACAAAUUCCCACACAGACAAGAGCUUCUCGUCUAUACUUCACCAGAAUGAGGUCAAUGGACUGGAGAUACAACUGAGGAACGGGGAAUGGUUGGAUGUUGAUGUCCCACCUGGAUCAUUUAUCGUCAUGGCUGGCGAUGCUUAUGAAGCAUGGAGUAAUGGAAGGAUAUAUGCAGCCAAGCAUAGAGUCAUAAUGAAAGCUGACAAGCCUAGAUACUGUAUGGCGCUAUUUUCAUUCAAUUAUGGGAUAACCACUAUACCUGAGGAGCUGGUGGAUGAAGAACAUCCUUUGCAGUUUAAGCCUUUUGAUAAUUUCGGGUUGGCCCGGUUCUACCUCAGCGGUGCAGCCCCAAUGACUGAGAGCACUGCUAAGGCAUACUGUGGUGUUAUUGCAUGAAAGUUUGGACAGUAAAAGAAUAGUGUGUCGAGUGCCUGUGUGUUGAGUGGGUGACUGAGUGUUUGCGUGUGUGUGUGUGUGUAUUUUGGGUUGCAUACUUUGGAAUAUGCUAUAGUAUAUAGUAUAUACUAUCUUAUAAAUAUUAAAAGGACAGCGAUAAUAUAUAAAGCUGAAAUUUAAAUAUUAUAGCA